CACAACCAAAGGGCCACGUUUGCGCGCGCACCGACUGGUACGUGCGAGUGGUAGGGCAGCCGCAGGUGCUGCGCAACCCGCCGGGACGAUGGCCCCCUUCGCCCGGAACGACAAGACGGUCCUCGAGAUCGCGCUGCCGGCGCUCGUCGGGUGCAAUGCCGGUGUCUCUUGAGCAGCUCGCCUAGUUGACGCAUCGCCGACGGCGCGCCGGCGCGCCGAGCCGCGCACCGCGGCGAUGGGAGUUCAGAGGACCGCCGGCGCGCGUCGCCGCGGCCGGCGCUCUUCCAGGAAGAGCUGGCUUGCGGCCGCGGCGGCGGCGCGAUACGCGCGUGCCACCCCCGUCGCCCUGGCGCGGGACCGCGGCGGCGCGCCACGCACAGCACGCAGCGAGGACUCCUCGAUGCGGAGUGCGGGCCCGCGGCGCGCUAGGGAGAGAGAGACUCGAUCGCAUCGCGCGGCAGCGACAUGACGCCACGCCCCUCGCAGCGGCGUUUUAGCACUAGCCUUCACGACGUACACGUUCUUCUCGCUCAAGGGCGAGCCCACGGGCAAGGACGUCGGCCGUCCUUUGGUGGACAAGUACGGCGCGAUGAUCAAGGAAGGCGCGAUGGCGUUUCUGAAGGAGGAGUACAAGUGGCUGAGCGUCUUCGUGGUCUUGUUGGGAGGCAUCCUCUGCGCCCUUUUUUCGGUGGAGGACCAGCACACGAAGCUCGACGGCGUGCUGACGACCUUCGCCUUCUUCCUCGGCGCGAUCCUCAGCGCGUCGGCCGGCUGGCUCGGCAUGAUGGUGGCCACGGACGGCGCGCUCGCGGCGUCCCACGUCGGUGCCUUCACUUCAAUACGACUCGUCUCCAGGAACGAUGGACGUGGGUGGUUUCUUCUUCGAGUUUGAGGCCGUUCGGACACCGCGAUGCGCCGCGCAGGCAACACGCGCACGACGGCGGCCUGCGCCGGGAAAGAAGUGAAGGACGCCCAGGGCAAGGUCACGGGCGGCACGGGGUCGCUGAAUGACGGGUUGCGCGUCGCGUUCAAGGCCGGGAGCGUCAUGGGAUUUGUGGUCGUCGGUGCGAUCUCGGCGUCCCGUCGUGUGGAGGCGCCUUCACUUCACUGAUACGACUCGCGUCCAUCAGACGAGGUCGUGGGUGGUUUCUUUUUUGAUUUUGAGACCGAAUCGAGAGACCACGAUGCUCCGCGCAGGCCUUGGGUUAGUGGGCUGCGCGGGCUGCUUCUGCGUCCUCGCCAUCCAUAAUGGAUUGGGCAAGACGGAGUCGCUCCAAAUUCUGGCGGGCUUCGGGUUUGGUGCUUCAAGCAUCGCUUUGUUCGCGCGCGUGGCCGGCGGCAUCUACACGAAGGCCGCGGACGUCGGCGCGGAUCUAGUAGGCAAGGUCGAGGCGGGCAUCGACGAGGACGACCCGCACAACCCGGCCGUGAUCGCCGACAACGUCGGCGACAACGUCGGCGACGUCGCGGGCAUGGGCGCGGACCUCUUCGAAUCGUAUGUUGGGAGCAUCAUCGCCGCGGCGACGCUGGCCAAGCGGGACAACGAGAUCGCCUUACCUUUUUGGUUGAGCGCGUGCGGCGUCGUCGCGGCGAUGGUCGGGACCUGUGUGGAAAUCAACCAGUGAGUCUCGAGACUCGGACACGAUCUCCGAGAGAUACACUCGACCGACUGGAGCGAGCAGCACCUCACGCAAACGAAGCACAAGUUGAACUUUGAUUUCCACACAGAUUGGGACCAUGGCCGUCAGCACGAACGAGAAGGGCGAGGGCUGGAACUCGAACUUGGGUGCCUUGAUGUGGGCCCUCGAGAAGGGCACCAUGUUAGCUGGUGUGCUCUUCCUGGGCCUCGCGGCGGCGUGCUGCCACUUAUUGGGGGGCAUGUGGGGGGCCUACAUCUGCGUCUUGAUCGGUCUGGCCUGCGGCAUGGUCAUCGGGAAGAUCACGGAGUACUUCACGAGUUUUGAUUUUGCUCCGGUCAAGUCCAUUAAGGCUCGGGGCGCGACGGGCCCCGCGACCGUGACGAUCCAGGGCCUCGGCGUGGGCAUGAUCUCCUGCGUGCCGACGAUCGUCGUGUUAGUCUGCGCCAUCUUAGGAUGCGCGGCGAUCAAGGGCGAGUACGGCGUCGCGAUCGCGGCCGUCGGGAUGUUAGCUACUCUAGGAAUCACUUUAGCUACCGAUGCUUAUGGUCCCGUCGCGGACAACGCGGGCGGGCUGGCGGAGAUGGACCCCGCGAUCCCCGACGAGGUGCGGUGCAUCACGGAUUCGUUGGACGCUCUGGGGAACACGACGGCCGCGACCGGGAAAGGCUUUGCGAUCGGGUCGGCCGUGCUCACUUCCCUCAGUUUGUUGGCGGCCUUCAAGGAACAAGCUCAAUUAGAUGUUUCAUUACUCGCCGUGACCGAUCCGUAUGUGUUGAGCGGCAUGCUCUUCGGCCCGCGCCGGCGUCCGAAUUCGGCCCAAAUUUCGACGAGAGACCACCCGUCGCCUCCUCUCCCGGAGACGAUUCAUGAAGAUGGCGUGGCAUCACGUUUUGAACCUCGCAGGCGCCAUGCUGCCCUACAUGUUCGCGGCCCUCACGAUGAUCUCCGUCGGCAAGGCCGCCGCCGAGAUCAUCAUGGAGGUCCGCGACCAAUUCCACAACCGCCCCGACCUCGUCGCCCAGGACGGCAAGACCACCCUCAAGGAUUGUAUUAUUAUGGCGUCGAACGGCGAGCCGAUUCCUCCCCACAUGGACGUCAUUCCCGACAGCAACAAAUGUGUGGCUAUCAGUACCAAGUCGUCGGUGCGGGAGAUGAUCGCGCCCGGCGCCUACGCGAUCCUCGCGCCCUUGUUCGUGGGCUUCUUGGUCGGUCCCCGCUGCUUGGUGGGUAUGUUGGCAGGUGGCAUUGGAAGUGGUGCCAUGGUCGCGAUAAUGAUGAGCAACGCCGGCGGCGCCUGGGACAACGCGAAGAAGUACUGCGAGAAGGACGGCACGAAGGCGACGACCUGUGCAUAAAUCAACCGGUGUGGCUCGGUCGCGCCGUAACAUUUUGAUUUCCACACAGGGCCUGUCCAAGGUCAAGAACGCCGACGGAAGCUUAGCUCAUCCGAUGAAGAAGACGUGGUACGACGCGUGUGUGGUGGGCGACACGGUCGGCGACCCCUUCAAGGACACGUCGGGGCCGGCCCUGAACAUCCUCAUCAAGUUGAUGAGCAUGGUCAGUCUCACGAUUGCUCCUUUACUGAAGACGUACGACAAGCACUGGGAGUUCUACUACUGGGGCUUCCCGCCGCUCGGUUUGUUCGUGGUCUUGACGGCGGCGCUGGUCUACACCGGAAUAUUAACGUGGGAGGACCCCAUCGGCAAGAUGCUCGACGAGGGCGAGAAAAAAGUUGAAUCUGCGCCUUCGGUGGUCUCGAACAAGGAGGUCGAGCUCGUCGCCUAGAAUGAUCCUACCCCUAGCCCCCCCCCACUCGUAACUAGGAUCGACUCGGGAGUCACAGACA